UAAUAAAUAGUAGACAAGGGCAAGCAACCAGAAAACAAUGUUAUUGUUUACUUUUGGCUUCAAUAAGAAACCGCAUCCGCAAAUGAGGCAACGGCCUAAACAAAGGGGAAAAUGGCAACUCUAAACAGUUCGCUUCUCUCUCUUCCCCAUAGCCCAAACCCGCCCAUUCUAACUGUCAAAAACGACCGUCCCUCCACGAGCCACCCACAAACCCACUCUCUCAUCGACCAAUGCACCAACUUAAAGCAUCUCAAACAGCUCCAUGCUCAAAUGCUCCGUUCGGGCCUCUUUUUUCACCCUUACUCAGCCAGCAAACUUUUCGCUGUGGCUGCUUUCUCAUCCUUCUCCAGCCUCGACUAUGCUCGCAAGGUGUUCGACCAUAUUCCCCAGCCAAAUCUCUACACUUGGAACACCUUCAUUCGUGCUUUCGCUUCAAGCCCAGAACCCAUUCACAGCCUUUUGAUAUUUAUCCGAAUGCUUUAUGAGAGUCUAGAUUUUCCUAACAAGUUCACUUUUCCAUUUGUUAUCAAAGCUGCUGCGGGGAUUUCUAGUUUGCCUGUAGCUCAAGCUAUUCACGGGAUGGUCAUUAAGGCCUCGUUGAGUUCGGAUUUGUUUGUUUCGAACUCUCUUAUACAUUGUUAUGCCUCGUGUGGGGAUAUGGAUUCGGCUUAUUUAGUCUUCUUGAAAAUUGACGAGAAGGAUGUUGUUUCUUGGAAUUCAAUGAUUACGGGGUUUGCACAGGGAGGUUGUCCUGAGAAGGCACUGGAAUUAUUUCAAAGAAUGGAGGUGGAGGAUGUCAGUCCUAACUAUGUGACAAUGGUGGGUGUUUUGUCUGCCUGCUCAAAGAAGUUGGAUUUGGAAUUUGGGAGAUGGGUUUGCCAGUAUAUUGAGAGGAAUGGGAUUCAUCUGAAUUUGACUCUGAGUAAUGCGAUGCUUGAUAUGUAUGUGAAAAAUGGAAGUAUUGAAGAUGCAAGAAGAUUGUUUGAUAAGAUGGAGGAGAAAGAUGUUGUUUCAUGGACAACUAUGAUUGAUGGGUAUGCAAAAGGGAGGGACUUCGAUGCAGCUAGGAGUAUAUUUUAUGCCAUGCCUAGACCAGAAAUAGCUGCGUGGAAUGUGCUAAUUUCAGCUUAUGAACAGAAUGGGAAGCCAAAGGAGGCUUUGUCCAUUUUCCACGAAUUGCAGCGUAGUAAGACUGCAAAACCAGAUGAAGUUACGCUUUUGAGUACACUUUCAGCUUGCUCUCAGUUGGGAGCAAUAGAUAUAGGUGGAUGGAUCCAUGUGUACAUAAAGAAGCAAGGGAUUAAGUUAAACUGUCAUCUCACAACAUCGCUUAUUGACAUGUAUUCUAAAUGCGGUGAUCUAGAGAAGGCGCUUGACAUUUUUUAUUCAGCUGAGAUGAGGGAUGUGUUUGUUUGGAGUGCCAUGAUUGCUGGUUUGGCAAUGCAUGGUCGUGGCAGAGCUGCUAUAGAUUUUUUUGUCAAAAUGCAAGAAGCUAAGGUGAUGCCCAAUUCUGUGACAUUUACCAACUUAUUAAGCGCUUGUAGCCAUACAGGACUAGUGGAAGAGGGAAGGAUGUUUUUUAAUCAGAUGGAAUCAGUUUACGGUGUUGUGCCUGGAAUCAAGCACUAUACUUGCAUGGUUGAUAUUCUUGGUCGUGCAGGCCAUCUGGAAGAAGCUUUUGAAUUGAUAGGGAAAAUGCCAAUAGUUCCGAGUGCUUCUGUGUGGGGAGCACUACUUGGAGCCUGUAGAAUCCAUGGGAAUGUUGAGCUUGCUGAAAUUGCAUGUGGCAAUUUGCUUGAGAUAGACCCUAGUAAUCAUGGAGCCUAUGUGCUUUUAUCCAAUAUAUACGCCAAAACAGGGAAAUGGGACGGCGUGUCUGGAUUAAGGCAGCGUAUGAAAGUUUUUGGAAUCAAGAAAGAACCAGGUUGUAGCUCAAUUGAGGUUGAUGGUAUCAUUCACGAGUUUCUUGUGGGAGACAACUCUCAUCCGAUAUCCAAUGAAAUCUACUCAAAGCUUGAUGAGAUAGUAGAUAGGCUGAAAUCUGCUGGUUAUGUGCCAAAUGCAUCCCACGUUCUGCAAUUUGUUGAAGAAGACGACAUGAAGGAGAAGGCCCUUAACCUUCACAGUGAAAAGUUAGCGAUCGCCUUUGGGCUUAUCAGAUUGGGUCCAUCACAACCAAUCAGGAUUGUGAAAAAUCUUCGUGUUUGUGGGGACUGUCACUCAGCGGCUAAGCUCAUAUCUAUGCUUUACAACAGAGAUAUAAUAUUAAGAGAUCGGUAUAGAUUCCACCAUUUUAGUGGGGGAAAGUGCUCAUGUAUGGAUUACUGGUGAAUAUAAGUAGAAUUUGGUUUGAAGAAUUCUCCCCUACUCUCUAGAAAAUGAUGUUGAUCCUUGGUAAGUUGUUGGAUGAAAAUAAGUGAAUAAAAGCAGAGAUAAAGCUCAUGGUCUCAA